UAUAAAUCACGAUUAUGAAAGCGUGUGUGGGUCUGAGCAGGGACAAUGGCGGCGUCGGCGGAUGCGAGUCUGUGGGACGGCGUGGAGGCACUGAUGAAGGCAGCACAGGAAAGGGGCGGCGACCCUCGUCACUGGGCGGCGCAGCUCUCCUCCGCUCUCAGCUCCGCUGGCGUCUCGCCGCCGUCCACGGAGGUGGCCCACUUUCUCGUCUCUCACAUCUGCUGGGCCAAUAACGUCCCCAUGGCCUGGAAGUUCUUGGACGCGGCCUUGACGGCCAACAUCGCGCCGCCCAUGCUCGUCCUCGCUCUUCUCUCCACCAGGGUAGUACCAUGUCGACAGAUCCAUCCUGGGGCGUACCGUCUUUUUAUGGAACUCCUAAAGCGACAUGCUUUUUCAUUGGCAUCUCAGAUCAAUGGACCAAACUACCGAAAGAUCAUGAAAUCUAUAGAUGAUGUUCUUCAUCUUUCCCAAAUAUUUGGUCUUCAGGAUUGUGAACCUGGGAUUCUUGUGGUUGAGUUUGUCUUUUCAAUUGUAUGGCAGUUACUGGACGCAUUGUUAGAUGAUGAUAGGUUGCUCGAACAUACUUCAGAAAAAAAAUCUAACUGGCCAACUAAAUCACGGAAUAUGGAAGUAGAUGGUCCUGAAAGCUUUAAUGAGAAGAGAACUGAAUUUCACGAGGGAAUUCACAAAAUAAAUACUUUAAUGGCUAUUGAGAUGAUAGGAGUAUUCCUUGAAAGCAAAGUAACUUCCAGUAUUCUUCACUUAGCACGCCAAAGCAUGCCUUCACACUGGAGAAGUUUCAUGCAACGAUUGCGACUGCUUAUGGCAAACUCGUCAGUGUUGAGGAACUCACAACAUAUGACUCCCAAGGCUCUUUUGCAGUUAUCUGAUACAAAUAACAACCUAUUCAGGAAGUGCAAAAUGAGUUCACAUCAACAGUUCCAUACAGUAAUGGCUACUGGAUCUCUUAUAUCUUCUGCUGGCCAGUAUCAUGGAGCUGGUGGUUCUGCACUUUGGCUUCCUAUUGAUCUCUAUAUGGAAGAUGCAAUGGAAACGUUGCAAGUGGCAUCGAGAAGCGCUGUUGAUGCCCUCACUGGCUUGGUAAAGGCAUUGCAGGCUGUUAACACUGCCACGUGGCAUGAUACAUUUUUAGGUCUCUGGAUUGCAGCACUCCGACUUGUCCAAAGGGAAAGGUACCCCAUUGACUGUCCUUUACCUCGCCUUAAUAGCUGCUUAUGUAUGUUAUUGUCUGUUACAACACUUGCAAUUUUCAAUGUUAUUGAGGAAGAGGAAAGCAAGCUUACUGAUGAAAUUGAACAUAGCCCCAUUAAUCAAGGGAAAGGGAUGCAGGUUGUGGGAAAGUGUCGCAAGGAUUUGGUUUCAAGCUUACAGUUAUUGGGGGACUUUAAGGGCUUGUUGACUCCACCUCCAACUUUUACAUUAGUAGCUAACCAAGCAGCUGCCAAAGCAAUGAUAUUUCUUUCAAGUGGCACAGUCGAGGGUGGAUACCUCCAGUGUGUGAGCAUGUAUGACAUACCAGUUAAUUGCUCUGGAAGCUUGUGGCAUUUGAUUGUUGAGGCUUGUAUCGCUAGAAAUAUAUUGGACACAUCAGCAUAUAUUUGGCCAGGCUAUGUGAAUGGAUGCAGCACUCAAAUACCUCACAGCAUUCAUGGCCAAGUGCCUGGUUGGUCCUCUUUGAUGAAGGGGUCCCCUCUAACUCAAUCACUGAUAAGUGCUUUGGUUUCAACUCCAGCUUCAAACUUAGCAGAGAUCAAGAAAAUAUAUGAUAUUGCAGUUAAUGGAUCAUAUGAUGAAAAGAUAUCUGCUGCUACAAUUCUCUGUGGAGCAUCGUUACUUCAUGGUUGGAAUGUACAGGAGCACACUGUUCUUUUUAUUACGAAAUUGUUGUCACCUCCAGUUCCUGUAGAUUACUCUGGGAGUGAAAGUCAUUUGAUUAGUUAUGCUUCAUUUCUAGAUGUUCUACUUGUUGGAAUAUCAUCUUCUGAGACUAUUCAUAUUUUCUCCUUACAUGGCUUGGUCCCACAGCUUGCAGGCGCACUGAUGCCCAUUUGUGAGGUUUUUGGAUCAUUUUUCCCUAAUCUCUGUUGGAGUCAUCCAACCGGUGAAGAAAUCUCUGCCUAUACAGUAUUCUCAAAUGCAUUUAUUCUUCUACUAGGGUUAUGGAGGUUCUAUCAACCAUUAAUUGAACAUAUUAUGGGAGAUGUGCCUUCAGUGGGAUCUGAAUUCACGCCUGAAUACAUGUUAUUGGUGCGGAACUCCCAACUAGUGUUUUCUGGAAACAAUGGGGUUCAAAAUCAAAGUGGGAGAGUUUGCAGAAAUUCAACUCCUCUAUAUUUGGAGCCUAUAUUUAUGGAAUCUUUUCCAAAGUUAAAACACUGGUACCAACAGAAUCAAGCUUGUAUUGCUUCAACCCUCUCUGGCCUUGCUCAUGGGACCCCUGUACAUCACACUGUUGAUGGAUUAUUGAAUAUGAUGUUCUGGAAAUUAAAUAGAGGUGGUCAACCUUCGACUCCUGGAAGUAGUACUUCAUCUGGUGAAGCAGAAGAUGUUUGCUGUCAACUCAAGUUUGCUGCCUGGGAUAUCCUAGAAGCCAUACCUUUUGCCCUUGAUGCUGCUUUAACAGCUUGUGAUCAAGGAUGUCUCUCUCCACGUGAACUAGCCACUGGGCUAAAAGAUCUGGCUGAUUUUCUUCCUGCAUCUUUGGCAACUAUUGUAAGCUACUUUUCUGCUGAAAUAACACGGGGUGUACGGAAACCAGCUUUUAUGAAUGGAACUGAUUGGCCAAUGCCUGCUGAGUUAUCUGUGCUUGAGCAACAGAUAAAGAAAAUCUUAGCAUCAACUGGUGUUGAUGUCCCAAGUUUUGCUGCAGGGGAAAGCUUACCAGCUACACUUCCUUUACCAUUGGCUGCACUUGUAACUCUCACAAUAACCUACAAACUUGAUAGAGUCUCGCAGCCCUUCUUGGAGAUGACUGGCCGGGCCUUGCAUACCCUUUCAGCAAGUUGCCCUUGGCCUUGUAUGCCCAUCACUGCUGCUUUAUGGGGCCAGAAGGUGAAGCGUUGGAGAGGCUUCUUUGUGUUGGCUUCUUCUUGUGCUGUUUUCCAUGACAACAGCGAUGCAAUAGUGCAGCUCCUCAAGAUCUGCUUCUUAUCCAUUCUUCAGCUCAAGACCUCUCCCACCUGCAGUGGUGGUGUGGGUGCUCUCCUUGGUCAUGGCUUGGGGUUGCAUUUCUCAGAUGGGAUUUCUCCCAUUGCCCCUGGAAUUCUCUACCUAAGAGUGCACCAAUCUAUCAGAAAAGUAAUAUUCAUGGCUGAAGAGAUUCUCUCUCUUUUAAUGCUUUCUGUUAGAGAUAUUGCAACUGAUGGGUUAUCAAGGGAACAAUUAGAGAUGCUAAAGAAGAUGAGGUGUGGGAUGAGAUGUGAGCAAGUUUCUCUUGCGGCAGCUAUGGAGCGCGUCAAGCUUGCUGCUUCAUUUGGGGCGGCUUUAGUUUGGAUACAUAGUGGGUUAAAUUUGGUCCAAACUUUAAUGAAAGAAACCUUGCCUUCUAGGUUUAUAUCAGGCCAUGGGUUGGAGGUGGUUGAAGGGCAAUAUGCAGGGGUGGUUGCAAAGCUGAGUGGUUAUGCACUGGCAUACUUUGCAGUGCUUUGUGGGACAUUUGCUUGGGGCGUGGACUCUACAUCACCUGCAUCAAAGCAGCGGUCAAGAGUUCUUGGCAUCCACUUGGAAUUUCUUGCAAUUGCACUGGAUGGGAAAAUAUCGCUUGGUUGUGAUUGGGUCACUUGGCAAGCUUAUGUGUCAAGUUUUGUGAGUUUAAUGGUGCAAUGCACCCCAAUGUGGGUGUUGGAGGUGGAUGCAGAUGUGCUCAAGAGGCUGAGCAAGGGAUUGAAACAAUGGAAUGAGGAAGAACUAGCUUUAGCCCUGCUGGUGACUGGUGGGGUUGGCACAAUGGGUGCAGCUGCUGAACUGAUUAUUGAGAGUAGUAUUAGAAUUUAGUCAAGCAUAUUUGUAUAUGAUGGUUUUUGGGCGGAAAGAAUAAUUAUAAUGCACCCGUAGUUGUAAAUUAUUAAGAUUGAAAUUUUUUUAUCUAAUGCCAUUGAUACAAUUUUGUAAAAUCAUUGUUUACACAUGCAACAGUUAAAUUCAUUUUGAAGUUGCAUAAAAUUCAAU